CGUCUUUCGAAUACCUUUGAGGUUCAGCUAAAUAAUUGAAGACUUCGUUCUCUUUCUGUUGUUACUGUUUCUAGUCAUGGCCGACUUGCCCCUCCUAUACUCAUCAUCGCCCACGUCAUCACCGUCGUCCCACACAGGCAGUUCCAGCCCGAACUCUUGCUUCCUCGUCCAUUCAGUCCGAACAUUGGCUGCAAAUCUGCCUCCAGACAUUGACAACAAGCCGCUUGCACGCCAAAAACGUAGGCGAACAAGCAAAGACGACGAAGAAAUUCUAAAAGCCGAGUAUGCAAAGAAUCCAAAGCCGGACAAGGCGGCGCGCAUGGAAAUUGUGAGCAAAGUUGCGCUUGGAGAGAAGGAGGUCCAGAUCUGGUUUCAGAACAAACGACAGAACGACCGCCGACGCUCUCGACCACUCGACAAUUCAUCGACUCCGCACCUUAUGUCAUCAUCCUCCACCAUGUCUGAUCCAUCAACCGAGGAGGAAGGCAAUCUGCACGGGAAUGAGAAUGAGAAUGAGAAUACUGAAGAGCAGAACUAUAAUGAGGAGGAACCAAAAUUGGAGCAGGUGGAGCAGGUAGAAAUUGUAGAGGUUGCAUCUGCAGGCUGUCGGAAUAUCAACGCCACCAUAGCACCUAUAGCGGCAGAUUCCCAGGGCACCGUCGAGUCAAUUACCGUAGCAUCCACAGAUCCGCGCACCAUAGACACUAUACCAACGGAGCUUAAUAGCUCUCAGCAAACAAUGGCAUCCUCCCAAGGCACUUCGCAACCACGCACAUCCUGGAUCUCGAACCGUCGUAGCGCGUCCUUCAUCCGCUCCCAGGAAGAACAUUUAUCUGAUGUUACAACCGCGCCGACGGGUACACUAAAGCGCGCUCACUCCUUUGUCCGCCUGUCUUUGACUGCUGACGGGGGAGCACGCGUCAUCACAGAUGCAGACCAGUCACCCUCUCCUCCUCACGUAAAAUCUGAUCCUUCCAUCCUAGCUCAUGCCGCUGCUGGGCUUCGUAGAAGCUACAGCGCUGCCGGGUUGAAUGAGCGCUUAGCAGCCGCCUCUAGAGGAGAACCUAUCCCAAAGAUGGCCAGGACCUUGACGAAUGCUGGACGCAGCAGGGAUUCACGCGCGUGGGAGUUUUGGUGCGACCCAGACAGCCGUCACAGAGGCAGUCUAACGGCAAAAGCAGAACAAGAAACUAGUGGCAGUGCUGCGGACGCUAUCGGAUUAUUACGCGCGAAUCGAAGGGUCUUAGGCUCGAAUCAGUCCCGUCAAAACACUCCCGUCUUGUCUCGAAAUGAUUCAUCCAAAGGGUUAGGUAACCACGGAAUCAAGAAAUCUCGUCCGCAGAUGGAACGAGCAUCUACAUCAUACGGCCGCCUCCAAACCAAAGAUGACAAGAAAGAAGACUCUGUAUCGUCCGACGAACUUCCCCAAACUGAAUCUGACAAAGAGAACUGGGAACCCGAUGUUCCUCAAUCCCAAUCACGUCGCCCUCGGCCUCACUCAGCUUCUAUCUCAUCACAGCACCCGCGCCAGAUUCUGGGGGAGAACACGGAUCUCAUGUCACAGAGCUCGAGUCUCGGCACUAUGAUGGCUCGCGAAAAAGGCAACGGUGGAGAGGCUAACGGAACGGAGAAUGUGGACCCCGAUCAAGACGAGGAAUUGAGUAUGUUCAUGAAUGGUGGUAGAUUAAGUGGGAGGACGAGUUUGAGCAGUGCAGAAGAGGCAGGAUGUGUGGAAGGGUUGUUAAAGUUGAGUCAGGGGAAUUGGAGGUAGUAGGACGCUGCAUAACCAAAGUUGUUUGACUGGACUUAGCCAAGAUCUAGUCUAAAGAGUGACGAUGAAUUGUAGGAGCGUUCAGCUUGGACUUCUUUUCUUCUCACCUCCCGCCUUUGCAUUUGAGCGCGGAAGGCUUAGUGUUGAAGACUAGGCUGCGGAUCAUGGAUGGUGUUUCGCGGUACCCGAGUAGUGUUCAACUGCAUUCUAUCGCUCUGUAUGAGAUCUCUUAGAGUUCUCAUUGUAACACUACCUGGUAGGUCUUGGUCCAUACUCAAGUAGUAUCAGAUUACCCUUUGAUAGCUUCCAGUUCG